CAGAAGUCGCCGAUAAAAUGGUGCAUUCUAGAGGAGCAGACAUAGAAGAACGCGAUGAGAUUGAAACUUUGUGCAAUUCAAGACAUGGCAUUCAAUGCACUAAAUGAGGUGGUUCAUAGAGGCUGAAAGGAAUCCUAUAGCAGCGAAAAUUGGAUCGCACCUUUGUGUGUUCCAUUGGACAAGAAUAUAUAUAAGCAAGCUAAGACUACAUUUCUUCAAGGACUUGUUACAGAAGAACUUCAUGGAGAAGAAGAGACGUUGUGCUCUUGUCGUUCUUCCGCUGAUGCUGCUUCUUAUGUGGCAGACUGCGCUCGGAGAAGUCCUGGCUAAUCCGGCCAGCGGCUGUGGAUGUCAAAGCUGUCCGGCCAACGGCGGUGAAUGUAGGACUUGUAUCGUCAAUCAGAUGAAGUUCGGCUGCCCAACGUGCGUGCCAAUUCUCCGAUGCAUGGCUCGAUGCUUGUGGGGAGGCAGCUCAAGAAUGAACUGCACAAAAAAGUGUGACUGUGGUGGCGGCACCCCAAAACCAUCUGAUUGCAAGAAGUGCAUGGCUCGCUGCAAGUGUAGCUGCAUGUCAUUCUAGAUGAGCUCCAAAGUU